AUGUGGAGUCCAGUUGUAGAUGCCCUCAUGUUGAGUCCAUAUUCAUUCCGUGGCACAUGGCACGGGGAAGCCCGGCCCAAUCGGAAAAGCAUAUCAAAUAGAAUCCUAAAACUAAUCAAACAAAGUCAGCACUCAACAAACAGCCGUAAUGUAACCUGCGUAACAAUGGCGUUUACCGUCAAGCAAAUGUCUCUGGUAGUGGCAACCCUUGGAAUUUUGUCCUUUGUUUUUGGAGUAAUUGCUGAAAACAAGAAGCCUGCAGCCGGCAUUCCCAUAACAGGGAAAGGUGUAGUCAUCUGCAAGUACCCAGCUGAUCCAUCUCUGGCUUUAGGAUACUUGUCCAUUGCAUUUCUUAUUAUCUCUGGAGUUGCCGGUUAUAUUUCCCUUUUUCACCCUUACCAAGGAAAGUCUGUUCCCCGGGCAGCUUUUUUCCAGAACAAGGGAUUCCUCGUGUUCCUCAGUAUUGCCACGGCUACAUUCGUGCUAGCGUUUGCAUUCUUGCUGUGGCCCACGAUCCAAGAGCAUAGCCACCGUGUGAACAACGUGCACCACAAUUUGGAAACAAAAUGCCCGACGGCCAAAACGGGUAUUUUAGGCGGUGGGGCCUUUCUGUCGCUUGAUUCUUGCCUCUUCUGUUUGGUUGCUCUAAUGUUGGCUGAUAAUGUGCGUGCCGACUAUUUUGAAGAGUCGGAUGAGAAGGUCCCGACCAGCUAUGAUACAGCCGAGCCACUUAAAGGGAUUGCUUGAGCUUUGAGUGUACAUAUUUGAACUCAAGUCUUACUAAAUUAUCUUGUCCUGUUUUCUCUAAUUUCCAGAAGUUUGGUUGGUGGUGUUACAUAGAUGUUUAAGUAUUUUUUUUAAAGGAUGUUUUAUUAUUUCUCUAUAAGAUGGAACUGAAAUUAUGUGUUAAAGCUCCUACAUUUCAUCCAGUUAGUGGAAGAGUUUGGUUAGGGAAAAAUAAAUAAAAAGUUUAAAUCAUA